UCUGGCAUUUCUCAUUUUGGAAAUUGCUUUGGUCCGUUUUCCUUCUAUUCACUGGACCAGAAAAUACAGACCUUUACUAACAUACUCACCGCAUCUGAUGAUGAACUAAUUUAGACUGGUCGAAAUAAUUGUUCGACAGGAACACAGGGCUUCAACCUCAGUUCAGAAAAUCCCUGACAUCUGACGUAGGAGGAUUUAUAGGUUUAGUGGAAAUUGCUUUCUCCUGCUCUCCAGAUUGCAUACUGUGGGUUGAUUUUUUUUUUUUUUUUUUUUUUUGCAUGAGUAAACAUCCUUGUAAUAAUGAACAGACCAAUAAUGUCUUAAGAGAGAAAAAGAACAUCCUUUUCCUUUUUGCUGUUUCUUGAGAGAACCAUUUGGAUUUGGAAACCCAUGUUGGCUGUCCAGAAUAUGAACGUUGGCAUCUUCCUGUUGUGGUGGGGAUGGGUUUUGGCCACUGAAAGCAGAGUGCAUUGGAGAAGAAGAGAAGUACACGAGAUGUCUAAGAAGGGCAGUCCAAUUCUGAAACGAAGUCCCGAUAUCACCAAGUCACCACUGACAAAAUCAGAGCAGCUUCUGAGGAUAGACGACCACGAUUUCAGCAUGAGGCCUGGCUUUGGAGGUCCAGCCAUUCCUGUGGGUGUGGAUGUGCAGGUGGAGAGCUUGGACAGCAUCUCAGAGGUCGACAUGGACUUCACGAUGACCCUCUACCUGAGGCACUACUGGAAGGACGAAAGGCUGUCCUUCCCGAGCACCAACAACCUCAGCAUGACGUUUGACGGCCGUCUGGUGAAGAAGAUCUGGGUCCCCGACAUGUUUUUCGUGCACUCCAAGCGCUCCUUCAUCCAUGACACCACCACGGACAAUGUCAUGUUGCGGGUCCAGCCCGAUGGGAAAGUGCUCUACAGUCUCCGGGUAACAGUGACUGCAAUGUGCAACAUGGACUUCAGCCGAUUUCCCCUGGACACACAAACGUGCUCACUUGAAAUUGAAAGUUAUGCCUAUACAGAGGAUGACCUCAUGCUGUACUGGAAAAAAGGCAAUGACUCCUUGAAGACAGAUGAGCGGAUCUCACUCUCACAGUUCCUCAUCCAAGAAUUCCACACCACCACUAAGCUGGCCUUCUAUAGCAGCACAGGCUGGUACAACCGUCUGUACAUUAACUUCACUUUGCGACGCCACAUCUUCUUCUUCUUGCUCCAAACUUACUUUCCUGCCACCCUGAUGGUCAUGCUGUCCUGGGUGUCCUUCUGGAUCGACCGCAGAGCUGUGCCCGCCAGAGUCCCUUUAGGUAUCACCACCGUGCUGACCAUGUCCACCAUCAUCACGGGCGUGAACGCCUCCAUGCCCCGCGUGUCCUACAUCAAGGCGGUGGACAUCUACCUCUGGGUCAGCUUUGUGUUCGUGUUCCUCUCGGUGCUGGAGUAUGCCGCUGUCAACUACCUGACCACGGUGCAGGAGCGGAAGGAGCGGAAGCUCCGGGAGAAGCUUCCCUGCACCUGUGGAAUACCCCAGCCACGCGGGGUCAUGCUGGAUGGCAGCUACAGUGACGGGGAGGUUAACGACCUGGGCAACUACACGCCGGAGAAUGGAGAGAAGCCGGACAAGAUGAUGGUGCAGCUGACCUUGGCCUCAGAGAGGAGCUCCCCCCAGAGGAAAAGUCAGAGAAGCAGCUAUGUGAGCAUGAGGAUCGACACACAUGCCAUUGAUAAAUACUCCAGGAUAAUUUUUCCAGCAGCAUAUAUUUUAUUCAAUUUAAUAUACUGGUCUAUUUUCUCAUAAACGCCUGUAACUCUAUACAUUUCACAUUCUUCUGUAUGUACCACAGAAAUACCUGUACGAUGAGAGUAAUUUAAGGUUAUGAUGAAAUUAAAGUUCCCACUACCCACUCUUCUCCAGCUUUCCAAAACGACAUUGACAAGACACUUACCAGUUUAAUCUGCACUUAAUAACCAUCUAUUGUGUCCACAGAAUUAUACACGGUGCUGCAGGAAUUGGACACCUGUAGCAACUGGGGAUAGUUGUUACCGGGAUUCCCUGGAAAAGCACACUGCCAGCAUUGUGGGCAACCUGUAGUUCAACCUCUUUUAGACCCUAGGUGCUUAUUCACAUGAAUGAUGCCCUUUAUGUGCACGUCACUAUAUUCUCUGGGACUAGGUGGAAUUGGGAAGCACCUAAAGAUCACCUGCAUGGAACAUACAUGCACCUAAAUCCCUGCUUUGGCCAAAAUUGAUGCUUCACUUUAUAGCCUAUUACCUAUUUUUCAGUAUUUAUUGAAAUGCAUGUUUAUUUUAAUGCAAGGCAAUAAUAGUAUUUCUAUUUUUGUUUGUGUCUCAUGGUUCAUGAGGUUUCACCUCUCUGAAGCAAAGCUCUUUAGAUUGAUACAAUGGCUUCUGAUUUGGCGGGGAAUUUCUCUGGUAGGGAAAUUUUAAAGAAGAGGGUCUAUGCAUGCAUUUUGUCAGUUCUGUCAUAGAAAUAACUAGCCUAGAAAAUUUCUGUUAAGUGUUGCUGUUUCAUAAUCACUGCUUCGUGUAUCUCCACCUUGGAGCAUGUCCCAGUUCAAAGUGAAGUCCUUUCUCAGUAGUGUGAUAUCUUCACUGAGGAACUCGGGAAUAGACAGAUUUUUUUCUACAUAAACAUUUCAAGAAAAUGCAUAAUUUGAGACAACCUAUAACUCAUUAGGAUGAGAAAUGCCCACAUAGAUUCUGAAGAAAAAAAGAACACCAGAAAGAAAAAGAAAUGGGAAGACAUCACUGGACAUCUCCAUUUGACCUCAAUGAAUACCAGCAUUUUCUAUGAACCAGUAAACAAUGGCCACCUCUUGUCAGAGCAUGGGAUAAAGGAGAGGGUUCUAAUUUGAUGUAUUAUUUAAACAAAUAAGUUACUCAGACUAGGUAUCUACAGGAUCAACACCCACCAAACUUAUCCGAACAGCAUUUGUUUGAAAUUCACUUUAAUAAAGUAAAUUCUAUAUACAA